AGGUUGGCUCUAAGAUAAGAAACAGAAUAAAUUCUCUCCUCCGGGCGGACCUGAGUCUCGCUCAACAGGUUCAGACUGGAACGGACAUCAUGGCGUUUGACGGGGCCUGGAAGAUUGACCGGAACGACAACUAUGACAAGUUCAUGGAGAAGAUGGGCAUCAACAUGGUGAAAAGGAAGCUGGCCGCCCACGACAACCUGAAGCUGAUCAUCAGCCAUGAAGGAAACAAGUUCACCAUCAAGGAGUCUAGCACCUUCCGGACCGCUGAAAUCGCUUUCGAGCUCGGUGUGAAUUUCAACUACAGCCUUGCGGACGGCACAGAACUCACUGGGACCUGGAGCCUGGAGGGAGAUAAACUCGUCGGGAGAUUCAAGCGGGUGGACAACGGCAAGGAGCUGCACGCCGUCCGAGAAAUCGUAGGUGGUGAGCUGGUCCAGACUUACAUGUACGAAGGGGUAGAAGCCAAGAGGAUCUUCAAGAAGGAGUGAGCGAUGCCUGCAGGUCAGGCGGACCCACAGGGACAGCGCUGUGGCCGCCUCCUCCCGAGUGCAGUCAACUGACGGGCCAGCCCGUUCGUCAACGACCCGGCUUCCGUGUCCCCGUCCGGCAGAGCAAAGAAGUGAAAGCUAGUUUGGGUUUAACAGGGUGUGCGCUCUCUCAGAUGUACACCGAUUGGUGUUUGAAAGAAUCUGAAAUUUUCUAAAAGAUGAAUAAAUAUGUUCCUACAUUACUUUA